GCGAAGGGAACAGGUGAAGCGGGUCCGUUAGUUCCGAGUCGUCGCCCCCGCGUGCUGCUGCUGCCCGUUCCGACUUCCGGGCGCCUCCGCGGCUCCGUUCCCGGCCCGCCGCGACAUUUCGUCGACCACCUCCCCGGCGGCGCCGUCCUGAGCCGUCGCCACGCGCCACGGGGGCGCCUCCCGCUUGCGCUCCCCACGCCGGCUCGGCCACCGCCGCCAUGAGCUCCAGAGUCCUUCAGUUAGACGUUCCUGCAGAUUCUGAAGCCUCUCCUAGGAGAAAUGUACCAGGGAGUGUAAGUAGCCCACUCAUGAAUGGUGAAAAGGGUCUCUUACGGAAUCAGAAUGCAGGGUUCACUGCACUUGCAAGUCCUGUGAGGAGAGAAAUUGGAAACAGAUCGUUGACAAGGUCCUUCUGUGUUGAUGACAAUGACUUGGAAGAUGGUAAGGCCUCAAAAGAAAGGGAGAGCUCUGCACAGUCACUCAAGCUCCCAAAGAUUCAGAAUCAGGCUUUCCUAUCUGGUCUGGCUUACUGCAUAUCAUCAUGCAGCAUGAUCUUAGUGAACAAAUUUGUUCUAUCUGGCUAUGGUUUCAAUGCUCCAGUAUUUUUGAUGCUAUACCAGAACAUUGUAUCAGUGACCAUAGUUUCUACACUAUCCCUGUCCGGUGCUGUUCCAACUGAACCAUUGACAUGGAAUCUAAUCAAAGUUUGGUUGCCUGUGAAUAUCAUCUUUGUUGGAAUGCUGAUCACAAGCAUGUUUAGUUUGAAGUACAUUAAUGUUGCAAUGCUGACUAUACUGAAGAAUGUCGCCAAUGUCCUGACUGCUUCUGGGGAAACUUAUUUUUUCAAGAAGCAGCAUGGUACUCAAGUCUGGAUUGCUCUUUUGUUGAUGAUAAUCUCUGCAGUUGCGGGAGGAAUAACAGAUCUUUCAUUCCAUGCUGUUGGAUAUAUCUGGCAGACCUUGAACUGUUUUCUGACGGCGUCAUAUUCGCUUACAUUGCGGCAUGUAAUGGACAGUGCUAAGCAAGCCACCAAGUCUGGGAAUUUGAAUGAGCUUUCAAUGGUGUUGCUGAAUAAUGUUCUUUCACUGCCAUUGGGAAUUAUCCUUGUUCUUGGUUUGAAUGAAGUGGAGUACCUUUUGGAGACACCUCUCUUAAAGAUGCCUGAGUUUUGGCUGGUCAUCACUGCCAGUGGAGUUUUGGGGCUUGGAAUCAGCUUUACUUCCAUGUGGUUUCUUCAUCAGACAAGUGCAACAACAUAUAGCCUUGUGGGCUCGUUAAACAAGAUCCCUCUUUCCAUUGCUGGAAUCGUUCUCUUCAACGUUCGUACAAGCAUACAGAAUUCUUUGAGCAUUCUGUUUGGUCUAUUAGCAGGAGUGUUUUUUGCCAGGGCCAAAUUGCGAGAUAACUCGCCGACCUAGUGAUCAUCAGGCAGGCUUUAUAGUUUGUAGCAGGCAAGGCUGAUAGACAUCGGUGAUGAUCAUCAGCUCAGAAACACUCCAUAGAGCUAGAAUUACCUCUGUGGGAAAUUUGUGCAGAUGCAGUGGUUGUUUCCCACCUGACUAGGCAAAGACCAAAGAGACAACACAAGCACGCAGAUUGGCCUGGGACUCUACGGUUCUCCUUUUUUUCCCAACAAGUUGAGCUGGACCCCAGUCGUUGGUCUGCUGGUGGUAUACGUCUUCGUUCUUGCUGUAAGAUAGUACAAAACAUGGAUGCAACUGAAUUUGAGGCACUUUGGGAUGGAAAGGAUGGUUAAGUCGAUGUAUUGUAGUUUGUAAAGUCACGGUGGCUGGAUUGAAGGGGGAUGUAAAUUUCUGCGUGCAGCAAAUUGAUUGUUGUGGUUUGGUUCCAUAUGAUUCCACCUGAGCAAGGCCAGAUUUCUGGUUUUAUUUUACAAGAAA